CCUGUUGCUAGUGGUCACCAGCGGUACAGUGGCAGCCGGACGGUGGGAACUACCAUUCGGGCGCGCUUAUGAUUCAGUUGUGCCCGAACCACGGAACGAUCAACAUAGAAAACGACGAAGUAAGGGACGAAUCAUCUGGACUAAGUGGCACGUGUUCAGUUGUUUGUUAAUGUAUAAUGUACGAAUGGCGACAGUGUAGUGGACAGUCAUACCAGUGAAAAGAUAGACUUUUAAAGGGAUUUCAAACCAGCGGAACAGAACGACCAUGUGCAAUACAACGGACCAAGGCGGAAGUGGAAUGCAGGGUGAAAUAGACGUGCCAGAAACUGGUGCCGUGUUCACCUUGGGAAAGUCCUACCUUUACGAUGAUACGACAAACGAAGCGCAAACCAGUGAUAGUGGCCCACCGAAACCCAGUCCCGCAACGGAAGCGGAACAUCCCAACGGUGAACCGGAACGCAAGAAACCAACACCGAAGCGACAGCAGAGCUAUUUUUUCGUUAAAAAUGAUCCGAUCGUGAAAAUUGUUUGCGGAAACAAGCAAAGUGGUGUCGUAUGUGAGUCUGGGCGCCUGUUCGUCUGGGGAUACAGCCAGCAUGGACAGCUUGGACUAGGGAACACGGAAACCGUCCACAAGCCCUCAUGCGUUCGUACCAUCAAGCGGCUCAAGGAGAAGGUGCAAUCGUUUUGCUUCGGUGGAAAUGGAUUUUGUGUCAUCCUUUCGGAGUCUGGAAAAGUGUUUUUCAGUGGGAAAAACAUAUUUCCCUUCAAUGCUAAGAUCGCUUCAUUGCUGGAAUCGAAAAGUCUGCACAAAAAUCCCACCGAUAACAGCGAGUACACACCGCUGCCGAUUGAGCUACGAGAGUUUCGUGACUGUCGGAAGGCGGAAGAGGAACGCUUUACGGACAUUGUAGCCGGCUUCAACCACUUUCUCCUACUCAGUUCUACAGGCACGUGUUACGGUUGGGGCUACAACAGUCACCAGCAGCUCGGUGGAGUAGAUUCGCUGAAAAUCCUUUCCCAACCCGAACCGAUCGCCAUCGAUGCCCCAAUACAGCGGCUUCUCUGUGGUCGUUAUUGCACCCUCUUCGUGACCACCACAAACGAGCUGUUUCUGGUGGGAAAGUUUCAAAAGAUCUCCAUUCCAUUUCUGAAACAUCUCUCCAACGUCUCACUGCCGGCCCCUGUUGUGGCUGGGGAUAUUACCAGUUGGGACUGCGUGUAUCUUCUACUGGCCGAUCAUCAGGUGUACCGAUCGAAUCGAGUGCAGAAAGUGGAAGAUUUACAGUUCCUGCCGUUCGAAGGUUUGGCAGGACUAUUGCUAGCUGAUGAACGCAUCAUAAAGAUCGCGUCAUCAAACGAUUGCAUUUCCUUCGUCACGAACCAUGGACGCUUGCUAACGACGUACGAUGACGCCUGUCCGUUUACGGCCUCGGAUCAUUUUAAAGAGCUCAACAAGUUCCGGCAUUUUAACGUUACCGACAUUGCCUGCGGUGCCGAGCAUUCGUUGGUGCUGGCUUUCCCCGGUGCAGUGGAGCGUUUGGACGUGACGCGUGCACUGGAGCUACUCCGUAAUGGAACGCCCAUACCGACGGAACUACAGAACGAAAUGCAACAGAUGCAAGAGUUCUUGCGCAACGAACGGCGCCGCUUGCGUCGAGAGCACGUGGAACGAGAGAUUUCAAAGGAUGAGUCCAUCACCAUCGAGACCGGCGAUUCCUCAGAGGUGCGCUUCAUUAAUAAUGGUGCCGAUAUGACGGACGCAACCGGAAGGACACCGAACCAGCUGAAACCCAAUCUGGACGUCGACGAAGAAGACCGUUUCUCGGCGCACAAAGAUUUGGGCCCGAGGAAAACGCAUACGCCCAACAUCAGCCAGUUGAUCGAUUACAGUGACGAUGAUAACGACAGCAUUUCCUCGCAAUCGACAUUCCACGAUGAGGACGAGGAGAACGAAGCCAAACGGCAAACCUACAAACAGAACAAAAUCAAUGAUAGCAACAACAACCGGAACGAGGACGAACGGAAGCUGAGUUUGGGCAGCAAACUGAACCGCAGCACGGGCAGCACGAAGUCCAGCGACAAGAUGAGGAAGUUCUUCAAGGAGCUCAAGUCGAAAAGCAUGGACGUGUCCUGUAAAAAUCCCGGCAGCGUUUUAAACGACGAUGUAAAGUACUCCAAAAAUGACCAGCUGAUACAGGCAGAGGAUCGCGCAUCGAAAGUCUGUACGAUCAUGUGAAUCUCGACGACGAUUCUCGAGAAAACCGAUACCCGGAUUGCGCUCCCGCAGCGUUUUUUCACGCAUUUUCCUCACACUUUUCAA